AUGAGGAAUUCUGAUGAAGAGACGAUACAGUUCGAGACGUUUAGAGACUGUCUAUCCGCGGCCAUUGUGGAGCGCGUGACGAAACCGGCAUCUAAGCCCAAGAGACGGGCCAAAAAGACAAAAUCGGCCUCGCCGCAAAAGAAGAAAUCUCAAAAUGAGAAUACGGACGAGGCCCCCGUUGACGCGGACGACAUGAUGGAGUUCAGCUCCUAUAUCGCUUCGGAGGCCUUUGAAUCUUUCCCGGAGGACCUCAAGACCCUUACGCACGUGGCGUACACGGCGGACUCGGCGCUGCAAUCCCGCUGCUCGCUGCCGCUGACCGGCUCCGACGUGGCCGAUCUCCUACCGACACUCUCCCCGGCCGUCGCCGACUCGCUGGUGGCGUACAACAUAAUCGACCCGGACCGCCAGGGCUCGCACGAGUUCCUCGCCCCCGUGCUGACCGAGUAUGUUUCCGCACUGAUCGCGGCGCCGCCGCCCCCGCGGUCGACGAGAGACCAGGCCGAGGGCUGCGAACUGUGCGGCCGCGACUGGAUCGGGCUGACGUACCACCAUCUCAUCCCGCGCAUGGUCCACGACAAGGUCGUGAAGCGCGGGUGGCACCGCGAGGACGAGCUGAACAACGUCGCUUGGCUGUGUCGGCUUUGUCACUCCUUCGUGCACCGUUUCGCGGGGCACGAGGACCUGGCGAGGUACUAUUACACCGUCGACCUGUUGCUGGAGCAGGACGAGGUCGUGAAGUUUGCGCAGUACGCAAGCAGGGUGCGAUGGAAGGGGAGGUAG